AUGCGUUUGAAAUAUUUGACUACAAUAGUGGAACAACAGGAUGGAGCAGCUAAAAUACCAGCAAUGGAUUGGUCACCAAAUGGUAAAAAAUUAGCAGUAGCUAAUGCUGAUCGUGUGAUAUUAUUAUUUGAUGAAACUGGAAAACGACGUGAUAAAUUUGCUACUAAACCUAUUGAUGCUAAGUAUGGAAAGAAGAGUUAUCAAGUGAAAGCAUUAGUUUUUUCACCUGAUUCAACUCGUAUUGCUAUUGGUCAAACUGAUAACAUUGUUUAUGUUUAUCGAAUUGGUGAAACAUGGGAUGAGAAAAAAGUUAUAUGUAAUAAAUUUAUUCAAUCAUCAGCAGUGAUAGCAUUAUUGUGGCCAAGUGAGGAUCGUUUAAUAAUUGGCCUAAUUGAUGGUAAAGUAAGAAUUGCAUCAUGUCGUAAUAAUAAAUGUUCAACAUUAUACAAAACUGAUGUAUCAGUUAUUUCUCUUGCACUUCCACCUGAUCAUCGUUCAUUUAUUUCUGGUCACACUGAUGGUUCAAUCAUUUUAUAUUCAAUGGAUCGACGAAUGCAAACAAAAAUUUUAACACAUAAUUGUCCACCGUAUGCAUUAGUAUAUACAAAUAAUGCUAUUAUAAUUGGUGGAUGUGAUCAACGAAUAGUAUCGUAUACCGAAAAUGGCCAAUUAUUACAGCAAUUUGAUUACUGUAAUGAGAUAGAUCAUGAGAAAGAGUUUACUGUAGCUGUUCGUGACACAUUUGGACAAAGUGUCAUUUUUGGAAGUUUUGAUAGAGUACGACUUUAUUCAUGGAAUUCUCGACGAGGUGCUUUAGAUGAAGGUAAACCAUUAGAGAUUCGUUACUUAUAUACAAUUAGCGCAUUAGCAUGGAGUCCAGAUGGUUCAACUAUUGCAGUGGGUACAUUAUGUGGUGCAGUGAUAAUCUUAGAUUGUUGUUUAAAACAUUUCAUAUUGAAAGGACAUUUUGAAACAAAAUAUGUUUCUCCCUCACAAGUUAUUAUUAAAGAUACAUCUACUGAACAACAUGUAACAAUUCAUUCUUCUAAAGGAUUACCUAUUAAUGAAAUUAAAAUAAUGGGACAUGAUCGAUAUGUGAUUGCUUAUACAACAAAUACACUGAUAAUUGCUGAUAUGAGGAGUGGUUAUUGCAGUGAAAUUGAAUGGCAAAGUGCUGGUAAUGAGAAAUUCUAUUUUGAUAACGAAAAUGUUUGUAUGAUAAUUAAUGCUGGUGAGGUAAAUUUGGUAGAAUAUGGAAAUAAUGAGAUAAUUGGUUGGAUUCGAACAGAGCUCAUAUCAACACAUCUCAUUUCAGUACGAAUUACAAAACAACAACUUAAAAAUAUAAAUAUUAUAAAGCGUGUUGCUUAUCUGCUUGAUUUGAAUACCAUUUCAGUGGUUGAUUUAAUAAGUCAACGACAGAUUGCACAAUUUACGCAUCCAGUAUACAUCGAUUGGCUUGAGCUUAGUGAAAUGGCAACAAAAUUAUUGUUUCGUGAUAAGAGAUCUCGAUUAUUGCUAGCUGAUAUCAAAAGUGAUCGAAAGAUAUCAUUGUUGGAUUAUUGUAGUUAUGUUCAAUGGGUUCCUAAUAGUGAUGUUAUUGUAGCUCAAUCGAUUGAUCAACUUUGCAUUUGGUAUCAAGCAGAAAAUCCUGAUGAAAUGGUAAUGAUACCUAUAAAAGGUGAAAUUGAAACUGUUCUUCGUGAUGAAUCUAGAACUGAAGUUAUUGUUGAGGAAGCAAAUGAAAAAGUUGCUUAUGAACUUGAUCAAACACUUAUUGAAUUUGCUUCCGCUAUUGAUCGAUUUGAUUUUGCUCGAGCAAUUGAUUUUUUAGAGAAACGAGAAGGAGAAGAAUAUGAUACAACAGUACUAUGGCGUCAACUUGCUCAGGUUGCAUUAUCACAACAACAAUUACUGAUAGCACAACGAUGUUUCGCAGCAUUGGGUGAUAUUUCUCGAGUGCAAAUGCUUGUGGAAAUGAUUCGAAUUGCUGAUGAAAUAACUAGAAAUACCGGUGAUGAUGGAAAAAAUAAUUAUAAAGUAUUAUUUUUUUCUUUAUUUAAAUUUAUCAUAGCACAUAUUACUGAUAAGUGA